AUGCUCACCAAGAUCGCCCUACUCCUGGCUGCUUCCCGCGCCGUCACUGCCCAUUUCGGCCUGACGCAGCCCCAAUGGCGCGCCGACACACUCGCCGCCGAGAAUGAGGCCAAGUACAGCCAGUGGAACUACCCAUGCGCCGGCGUCCCGUACGGCGCGGGCAACACCACCGAGUGGCCCCUCGACGGCGGAUCCCUCGAGCUGGACCUGCACCACCCGUGGACCUACGUCUUUGUCAACCUCGGCCUCGGCGGCAACACGACAAACUUCAACCUGACGCUGACGCCCGACCUCUGGAACACGACCGGCCGCGGCACCUUCUGCGUCGACAAGCUCGCCGUCCCGGCGGGCAUCGCCGACGGCACCCGCGCCACCCUCCAGGUCGUCACCUCGGGCGCUAGCGGCUCCGCCCUCUACAAUUGCGCCGACAUUCGCUUCUCCAAGGACGCCCAGCGCAACUCGACCUGCUCCAGCAAGGGCGUCACCCUCAACGAGGUCAAGCCGCAGGGCAGCUCCGGCGGCAACGCCUCGUGCACGAGCUCCGGCACACCUGCCCAGAGCAGCGCCGCUGGCAAGUCGGGCGCCGUUGUGGGCGCGGCCGUCAACGGUGGCAUGCUCGCGACCGUCGCUGGCGCGGCUGCUCUCUUUGCCUUAGGCUCAAGCCUGUAA